UCUCUUUCUUUCUCUUUCUCUUUCUCUCUCACUCUCCCUCUCACUCCCUGCGUCCCUGUGGCUCAGGCCCUCAGGCAACUCCUGUUUAUCUUGCCUUUGUAGGUAUCUCUCAAGUGUUCAAUCAUUGAAGACGGGGUCGUAAAGACAGGGGAAGGAACAGAAUUCUGUGCUUAUUUUUUGUGGUUUUAACAGAUUUCUCUUAGCUUUUGUGGGUUUUACAGAAUUCUCUGCUUAGUUUUUGUGGGAUUUCUUCCUUCGAUCAUUUCAUGGCUUCUUCAAUGCUCAGCGGGGCUGAAAAGCUCUCCUUUACCAGAGGUUUAAAUCCAUAUGGGUUAGGCUUUCUGGGUUCAGAUUUCAAUGGAAAGUCUGUCCCCAAGGUUGGACUGUUGUCUUACACAAGAAAUUCCAAGGUUCGAACCCUAGUACCCAGAUGUAGUUUAUCACCGGCAAGGCCAGGUUCUCAGCCCAGGUUCAUACAGCACAAGAAGGAAGCAUUUUGGUUCUACAGGUUCCUCUCCAUAAUCUACGACCAUGUCAUAAACCCUGGACACUGGACUGAGGAUAUGAGGGACGAAGCCCUUGAGCCUGCGGAUCUCUAUGACCGGAACAUGAUAGUGUUGGACGUUGGGGGUGGAACUGGGUUCACUACUUUGGGUAUUGUUAAGCAUGUAGAUGCUAAAAAUGUCACGAUUCUCGACCAGUCUCCUCACCAGCUUGCCAAGGCAAAGCAGAAGGAGCCCUUGAAGGACUGCAAAAUUAUUGAAGGUGAUGCUGAAGAUCUUCCCUUCCGCACGGACUAUGCUGAUAGAUAUAUAUCCGCUGGAAGUAUCGAAUAUUGGCCAGACCCACAGCGUGGUAUCAGGGAAGCAUAUAGGGUCUUGAAACUUGGUGGAAAAGCCUGUGUUAUUGGCCCUGUGUACCCAACAUUUUGGUUAUCUCGUUUUUUUGCGGAUAUGUGGAUGCUUUUCCCAAAGGAGGAAGAGUACAUUGAAUGGUUCAAAAAUGCUGGUUUCAAAGAUAUUCAACUGAAAAGAAUUGGUCCAAAAUGGUACAGGGGAGUCCGUCGGCAUGGGUUGAUUAUGGGAUGCUCUGUAACAGGAAGGAAGCCAGCAUCAGGAGACUCACCUCUACAGGUUCUAGCAAUCAGAAUUGAGGUCGAUUCUGGUACAGAGCCAGAUGAAUCGGCUAUGAAUCUGGUGAUCCUCUGCAAGGAUCCAAUUUUUGUGAUCAGCCAGAGAAGCAUGUUUUUAUGUAGUAAAAAAAAAAAAUCUGAAAAUCACAGUCCCAUCCUCUCUUGCCAUCACCAAUUCCUCGAACCAUGGAAUCUAGAGUCAGACUCUUCCUCUCAAAGACACGAACCCUUGUGCCUGGAGCAGGUGGAGACAAAGAGGCAGAGCAGGAUUGGGGCCACAGAGCGCUGGAGCAGGCGGGGAUGAAGAGAAGGUGAUUUACAGAGAGAUGCCAUUAUUGUAGCCUUUGAAGCUCUGUUGGUUACACAUCUGGAACAAUGGGGGGUGAUUCCAAAAAACAGAACAUUUUGUAGAUCCAUGAAAGAAUGAUUUUGCAUCUGACAGAUAAAAAGGGACUAUAUUUAGAAUGGAUUUUGGUUGAAAAUAAAAGAAUUAUUGUUGUC